UCUCUCUUAGGAAAGUUUUGAAUUCAGCUCUGUUAGGAGUUUUUCUGGAGUACCAUGUUGGAGUUGUGGGCUACACUGGUGUUGGUUCUACUGACUGUGGUGGUCACAGUAGUCUCUCAGACAAGCACGGCAUUAAACGUCACCACCGGUUCGUCUGAGUGCUGGAGCGGCCCGUCCUCCGGCGGUUACCGGGGUAACCGGUCCGAGGCGGCGUCGGGACGGACCUGUCAGCGAUGGGAUGAACAGGCCCCGCACACACACACGUUCUUCCCAUGGUUGUAUCCCGAUGCCGACCUGGUGGAAAACUUCUGCCGUAACCCUGACAACGGCCCGGGCAAUCCCUGGUGCUACACGACGGACCCCGACACGCGAUGGGAGUAUUGUGACAUACAGCCCUGCGGAGAAGCCCUGACCACCCAGGUCCUCCCAACUGGCACCUUGCAAACCUCCGGUACCACAGCGACUCCUGGCGAUUGCGGAAGGCCCUACAUUCAACUGUCGGAGUCCAGAAUCGUCGGCGGACAGGUGGCUCGACAUGGGAACUGGCCAUGGCAGGCGUCCCUGAAGCUUCAGGGGUCCGGUCACGUGUGUGGAGGUUCACUCAUCUCUACGGGCUGGGUUCUCACCGCGGCACAUUGUGUAGAAAGCUAUGCCACACCAAACGACCUAGGAUUCUGGCAAGUCAGUCUGGGAAACUACUUUCGCCUUCUUCAUGACGUCAGCGAACAGAACCUCGCGAUAUCUCGCGUUAUCAUGCACGAGAACUACACUGCGGACACCCUUGACAACGACAUAGCGUUGAUCCAGCUGGCUAACGACGCGACGCUGAAUGACUACGUGAAAACUAUCUGUUUGGCGCCGAAUAGCCUGCCACAUCCGGGAACUGCGUGUUAUGUCACUGGGUGGGGAGACACAGGUGCAGGGAGUGGCCGGUCGCUGGUGCUGAGACAUGCCCGGGUGUCAAUCAUCGACAUCCACACCUGUAACUCCGCCCCCUGGUAUAACGGCAUCGUCACGGAGAAUCAGCUCUGCGCAGGGCAUCCGGGCGGCGGCGUGGACUCGUGCCAGGGCGAUUCCGGGGGACCGUUAGUGUGCGAACAGCCUGAUGGGAGAUGGAUUCAAGUGGGAGUGACGUCAUGGGGAUGGGGCUGUGCCCAACCCAACCGUCCGGGCGUCUACACGAAAUUAGACAAUUUCUUCACGUGGAUACACGACACAAUCACACACACAUAACACGGAUCGGUCGACCACGGAUAUAUGUAGUUUUAUCAUUAUUCGAAUAUUUCGAAUAUAUAUAAGUCAUAUAUUAUGAUUUGGGUAUCGUUGAGUGACUGUAUGAGCUUGAAUCGAUUUGAAAAAAAAAUAGUGUGCUCUUUAUGUUUUGUAUUUCAUUUGGACAACCAAGUCUUUUUUGUGUUGAUGUGCAUUUGACUAUGCUCUGUUUCUUUAUAAGGAUGUACCAUGUGUAAAUAGACACACAGCUUACUGCAAAGACUUCUCAC